GAGGAGCCCCGAAACACCAAACCUGGACACAAGGAAGGCAAAGACUCCAGGGACAGCCAAAGCAGCCUUGGGGACUCUUACCUCAAGGAGCAGCAAGCCACAUACCCAUCUCCUGGAGUCUCCGACACCUGUGUAAAGUCCAAGAACAGUGGAGCAACUGACCCAGACUACUGCAGGAGGAUUCUGGUCCGAGAUGCCAAGGGCUCCAUCCGGGAGAUCAUCCUUCCGAAGGGGCUGGACCUGGACCGGCCCAAGCGGACCCGAACCUCCUUCACCGCGGAGCAGCUGUGUACCGGCUGGAGAUGGAGUUCCAGAGGUGCCAGUAUGUGGUGGGACGAGAGAGAACAGAACUGGCCCGGCAACUCAACCUCUCCGAGACCCAGGUGAAAGUGUGGUUCCAGAAUCGCAGGACAAAGCAAAAAAAGGACCAGGGUAAGGACUCUGAGCUGCGGUCAGUUGUCUCAGAAACUGCAGCCACCUGCAGCGUUCUCCGGCUUUUGGAACAGGGCCGUCUUUUGUCCCCUCCUGGUCUGCCCGGACUAUUGCCAGCCUGUGCUGCAGGAGCACUGCGGGCCACCAACAGUUCUGGACCUGGGGCUCCAUCCAUCCCCGAAGUCACCAGUGCCCCUCCUCACCAACCUGGACUGCACACUUCAGGGCACAGCAUCUUCAGCAUGCCUGUGCCAUCUUUACUGACAAUGGCAGGGAACCUCCAAGAACUCUCCGCCAGGUACCUCAGCUCCUCAGCCUUUGAACCCUACUCUAGAAAUUCUUCUAAAGAAGUUCUAGAGAAGAAAUCCCUGGACUGA